CACUGACUGCCACGGUGCAGGCGCAGCGGCCCAGCACGCCCGGUAUCGGGGUGCCUCCGCCAGUAAAAGUAGUGCGGACCGGCCUUUUCUGCCUGGCCGCCGCCGGUGCCGCCGGUGCCACGCCGCCCCUGCGCCGCCGCCGCCGAGGCCGCCGUGUCCCCGCCCCUCGCCCGCGAUUGGUAGAGGCUGGGAGGCUGAGGAGAGCGUACCGGCGCACGGAUCCCUCCGCCUGCAGUAUCGGUUCUGCGGCCGCGCCGCCGCCAUUUUGAAUGCCUGGCUCCUGCCGCUGCCGCUUCCUCCGCUGCAGGGACCGGCCCGAGGAUGCCAGCCCCCAUCAGGCUGCGGGAGUUGAUCCGGACCAUCCGGACAGCAAGAACCCAGGCAGAAGAGCGUGAGAUGAUCCAAAAGGAGUGUGCUGCUAUCCGGUCAUCCUUCCGGGAGGAAGAUAACACAUACCGAUGCAGAAAUGUGGCAAAGCUGCUGUACAUGCACAUGCUGGGAUACCCUGCACAUUUUGGACAGUUGGAGUGCCUCAAGCUCAUUGCCUCUCAGAAAUUCACAGACAAGCGCAUUGGGUAUUUAGGUGCCAUGUUGCUGCUGGAUGAGAGACAGGAUGUCCAUCUUCUUAUGACCAAUUGCAUCAAGAAUGACCUUAACCACAGCACACAAUAUGUGCAGGGGCUGGCACUCUGUACUCUUGGCUGCAUGGGCUCCUCAGAAAUGUGCAGAGACCUUGCAGGAGAGGUGGAAAAGCUCCUCAAAACUUCCAACUCGUAUCUUAGGAAGAAGGCAGCAUUGUGUGCUGUUCAUGUCAUAAGAAAGGUGCCUGAACUCAUGGAGAUGUUCCUGCCAGCCACCAAAAACUUGCUGAAUGAGAAGAACCAUGGUGUUCUUCACACAUCAGUUGUCCUCCUCACAGAGAUGUGUGAGAGAAGCCCAGACAUGCUUGCACACUUCAGAAAGCUUGUUCCUCAGUUAGUUCGUAUUCUGAAGAACCUUAUCAUGUCUGGAUAUUCACCAGAGCAUGAUGUGUCUGGGAUCAGUGACCCCUUUUUGCAGGUACGAAUCCUGCGGUUACUAAGAAUUUUAGGGCGGAAUGAUGAUGAUUCUAGUGAAGCAAUGAAUGACAUUCUUGCACAGGUUGCCACUAAUACAGAAACAAGUAAAAAUGUGGGAAAUGCCAUUCUCUAUGAAACUGUGCUGACUAUUAUGGACAUAAAAUCUGAGAGUGGACUGAGAGUGUUAGCCAUUAACAUCCUAGGCCGUUUCUUAUUAAACAACGACAAAAAUAUUAGAUAUGUAGCUUUGACAUCAUUGUUGAAAACGGUGCAAACAGACCAUAAUGCAGUACAGCGGCAUAGAAGCACCAUUGUGGACUGCCUGAAGGAUCUAGAUGUCUCCAUUAAAAGACGUGCAAUGGAACUGAGUUUUGCUCUUGUUAAUGGGAACAAUGUCCGUGGAAUGAUGAAAGAGUUGCUGUAUUUCCUAGAUUCCUGUGAGCCAGAGUUCAAAGCAGACUGUGCGUCUGGAAUAUUUCUCGCAGCUGAAAAAUAUGCUCCUUCCAAACGCUGGCACAUAGACACAAUUAUGAGAGUCUUAACAACAGCAGGAAGUUAUGUUCGUGAUGAUGCCGUUCCCAAUCUGAUUCAACUAAUAACUAAUAGUGUGGAGAUGCAUGCCUACACUGUGCAGAGACUCUACAAAGCCAUCCUUGGUGAUUACUCCCAGCAACCCCUGGUGCAAGUAGCCUCUUGGUGCAUAGGAGAGUAUGGAGAUCUUCUGGUGUCUGGUCAGUGUGAAGAGGAGGAACCAAUACAGGUAACAGAGGAUGAAGUUCUUGAUAUUUUAGAAAGCGUCUUGAUAUCUAAUAUGUCUGCAUCUGUUACCCGAGGCUAUGCUCUCACUGCCAUCAUGAAGCUUUCCACAAGGUUCACCUGCACUGUCAAUCGCAUUAAGAAGGUCGUUUCCAUUUAUGGCAGUAGCAUCGAUGUGGAGCUUCAGCAGAGGGCAGUGGAAUAUAAUGCACUUUUCAAGAAAUAUGAUCACAUGAGGCCAGCCCUGCUUGAGAGAAUGCCAGUAAUGGAGAAAGUCACCACAAAUGGCCCUACUGAGAUUGUACAGACCAACGGAGAGACGGAGACAGCAGUACUGGAAACAAAACCUCCACCCACUGGAUUGCAGCCCGCUAGCCAGGCAAAUGAUUUGUUGGACUUGUUGGGGGGAAGUGAUAUAACACCUGUAAUCCCCACUGCACCUACAAGCAAGCCAGCCUCUGCUGGUGGAGAGCUCCUUGACCUCCUGGGAGACCUUAACCUGACAGGUUCUCCAGGAUCUGCCCCUGCGCCCCAGGUAGCACAGCCUCCGUUCCUGCUUGAUGGACUUUCAUCACAGCCUCUCUUCAAUGAUAUUGCUGCAGGAAUCCCCUCAAUUACUGCAUACAACAAGAAUGGGCUGAAGAUUGACUUCACCUUUGAGAGGUCAAACACCAACCCCAGUGUCACUGUAAUCACAAUACAAGCCUCCAACAGCACAGAGCUGGAUAUGACAGAUUUUGUUUUCCAAGCUGCAGUACCAAAGACAUUCCAGCUGCAGCUUCUGUCUCCCAGCAGCAGCGUCAUCCCUGCAUUUAACUCGGGGACCAUCACACAGGUCAUUAAAGUCCUAAAUCCACAGAAGCAACAACUACGUAUGCGGAUCAAGUUGACUUAUAAUCACAAGGGCUCAGCAAUGCAGGAUCUAGCAGAAGUCAACAACUUCCCUCCUCAGUCUUGGCAGUGAGGCUCUGGCACCAUUCUUAUUCUCACCCCACCCAAUCAAAAGAACUCUGGGAAGAAGGUUGUGAUCCAUGGCAAUCCCCCAAACUGCACCAAGGGCAUGGGGAACAGAUGAGACCUGCUGAUGAGGAGGAAUUUUCCUGAAGUGAUUGCUGACUUUGAAGCAUAUCUGUUAAGACUAAUCUCCUCUCCUCUGCUGAUGAGGCUGGCAGCUUGUGGAGGCUACUGUGCACUCCCUCACACAGGCAUUCCCAGCCAGAAGCAACAUUCCCUUCUCUUUCCCCUGCUCCCCACCCUCCCUCCCCCUGCAAAGAAACACAGCCUGGUGGAAAAGAAGUCUGGAAUUUCUAGCAGGGAAACUUUCUUCUCUCUGCAGCAAGUGAACAGCUGACCCUUCUUUCUGCUGUCUUUUUCCCCUGGGGCGGGCAAGGUGUGUUGUCAUUCAUUACUAGCUAGGUUCCAUCAGGCACUUUCAUCUGGGGCUGAGACUGGGGACUUGGGGAAUGUUAGGCUGCCCUGCCUCUUUCUUAUUGUAUCCCAAAUGUCUGAAGUGGCAGGAAUCUUCUGAUGGCUUAUUCAGUGCAUUAUUGAACACACUCACCUCUUUAGUUCUGUGAUGCAUACCAAGAGCAAGUUAGGCCUUGGGAGUCCAUCUGCAAACCUGGGAGAGUGGGGGAAAAGAGAUGCUGGUGAGAGUUGCUAAGAUUGUUUUGGUGCUGUACUUGGCAAUGAAGACCUUACACUUGAAUUUUCUUUCUUUACAUCAAAAGCUACAGCCAUGCAGUUUCACAGACAGUCUUCUGUAGCUUCCCCAGAAAAUGCGGUGAUGUAUGAGAGCUGUAGAGAUUCAAGGAGCAGCUGGUUUUCUAACACCGAUGGUUUCAAAGCCUUUUAACCCUCGUAGUUGCGGUUUGUGGGUAGGAAAGACGUGUUCACUUUGGUAGAUCAGUCUUUGAGUGAGGGCUCUGUUCCUGCUGGGAGACUUAUCAGAGACUAUGCUGAAAAGUUGCUCUUCGCAGUUAUUCCAGACCUUCUCACCAGUUGAAUUUCCAGAGCCUGUUGUAGAUCCCCUGGAUUACAUUUGAGUUACUUCUGACUGGGAUAUUUGUGUUGUAUCUGUAAUAUUGGCACUGAAAUAAAGACCAUGCAGUUUAAAGAGA